AUGCAAGGGGCACGCAAGUUAGGUGACUUUGUUGACAAGUUUGUUUCCUUUGAAAAUGAACUACCCAGCUUCAAACAUUUUCUAACAACAGUGCUCAUUUAUCCACUUGAGCCACAACAACGACAUAAAGUAUCGCCUAAGCUCAAAUAUCGUACAAACUAUAAAAAAUAUCUCCGGUUGAUAACCAUUAGUUUGCUUCGAGAAAAGUCAAAGAAUACGUUACUUUGUGGGAUUCCAGAGAAGAAAAAGGCAGUAAUAUAUAAUAAACGAUGUCAACAUUUAUUGAAAUCGUCAUUUUUCAGCAUGAAUGAGCUUUAUUCGUAUAAUUGGUCAAGGGUCUUUCACUUGAUUGGAUCAAUGAGGUUGUCUGAGUUGAUUAUUAAUUGGAAAGGCUUUGUCAAUAAGGAUAGCAGCGGCGCAAGUGAUAGUUACAUACAAGUAUUUGGUGAUGGGUUGACAUACUCGCAAAAGCCAAUUGAACGUGACAAUGAGUACAUUCAAAAGUUUGAUCUUUUGAACAAGGGCCAGAAAAAUCCUUGGUACUGGAAUUACAAGUUAAUCAAGUCGAAAAGUGGUGACGAAUUGAUGAAGGAUAUAUUUAAUGAUUUCAACACGCGUGCAAAAAGAUUUCGACGUGUAAGAAAAGUAUUGGAUAUCAUUGUGAAGAAUGAUGUUAAGUUGAGAUAUGACUCGUUAUAUCAAAAGAUGCUUUUGCAAUCCAAGGUUCUUGAUAUUGACAAUAUACUGAGCAAUGCUAGUAGCUUGGAAGAAGUUAUUAAAUUUAUAUUUGUGAUAUUGGGUAAAUUAUUUACAUUGGAAACAUGGGGUGGUGAUGUCAAUAAAAAGGUUCUACGAGGCAAAAUAAUUGAGUAUCUUAAAUUGGAACCACGUUCCAAGUACCAUAUUCAUGACUUGUGCAAAGGAUUACAAUUAUCAGGUUAUAAAUGGUUUGGUAAGGAUAUCAUUUCAUCAAAACAAGAUUUUGAGAUGAGGUCGAAAAUGAUGAAGCAAUAUAUACUAUGGAUUUUUGAAUCUCUAAUCAAAAAAAUACUUAAAGAAUUUUGGUAUGUCACUGAGUCUUUUGAUGGUAAAAUCAUGUACUUUCCAAGAUACAUUUGGUGCAAGAUAUCGACAUUAUGGCUCGAGAGGUAUGCGCAAACUCAUUUUAUUCAAACUACGCUAACCGGGAAGGAGCUUUACAAUUAUGGAAAGCUCAAGCUAAUUCCCAAGAGGGCUACCUUUAGAUUAGUUUGUGUACCUUCCAAAAGGGAAAUUCAAUAUGAAGGACACAAGAUUGGUGAUGCAAUUUUAAAGAAACAAGAAAUUGAGUUCAAUGUGUUCAGAGCCAAUGAGUUGAGGCCUGUGAGGUUGAUACUUUUGAAAAAAUUUAAUGAAAGAAGCAAGAAAGAAGUUUGCUACAGGACCACCGCCACGUCCAAUCAACAGAUUGCUGAAAGAAUUUUGAGCUUUAGAACCGAGCUUUUAAACAAGUAUGAUGAUACUAUUCCCAAAUUGUAUAUGAUUAAAUUCGAUAUGAAGGAUUGUUACGAUCGUAUCGAUCAAAAACAAUUAUUCAGUAAAGUGAUUGAUUUAUUCAAGAAUGAUCCAUAUGGAACCAAAUACUACUAUCGUACAUAUAUGAAGCUCGAUUCACAAUUGAGAAUAAAACAAGUCAAGUAUGCAGUAGAUACGAAUUUUGCCAAUUUUGAUCUAAUAUCAAGUACUUGCAAUCGUACUGCAUCGCCUGGGAUGUUAGUUGAUAAGGGCAAAACCAUAUAUCUAACGAGAGGUACUAUAUUGCACCAAUGCAUACAACAGAUAUUUGGGGCCAAGGCAAUUGUUCAGGAUCCGGUAACCCAUAAAAUGCGAUAUUAUCGACGUAAGAGGGGAGUUUUCCAAGGAUUUAGUUUACUGAGUAUAUUUUGCGAUAUCAUAUACAGUGCAUUGGUUGCUGAGAAUUUCCGGUUUCUUUGGGACUCGAAAUCGCCAUUUUUGUUAACUAGAUUAGUCGACGAUUUUUUGUUCAUCUCACCAGAUAAGGAGUUGUAUGACAAAGUUUUUAAAAUCAUUCUGGGAGAUAGUCUAACCAAAUAUGGAGCGUAUGUAAACCAUGCCAAGACGACUUUGGUCAAUGAUGAAACGACAGAUGAGACUUUACAAUUUGUAGGAUUAGACAUUGAAAUUGCAACAUUAAAGUUCAAAAAGGAUUAUUCGAAUUUAGCUGCAAGUGGAGCGAUUAUAACUAGUCUGUUUCGCACAUUUCAAGCAUUAUUAAAAUAUUUGAAAUCUUCUUAUUCAAUGAGGUUGCAUCGGUAUAUCUUGAUCAAAGCAAACGAGUUAUUUGAGUCUGUGAAACUUAAUGUGAAUAACUUGUUGGAGUAUAUUCUUGAUGUGUUUAAAAAAGCAUAUAGACGAGUGGUCAAACUGGAUGAGUUUAGGAAUGAAUUGUUCAUUGAGUUUCUAAAGAGUUUGUUUGCUGAUACAUUGACGAAAUUUGUUAAACACAAUUCUCAUGAGUAUGCUGAUGAAUUGGUUGAAAGUAUGAGAUAUUGUUUAGUGUAUUGUUUGAAGAAUGAGCCUGAGUUCCGAGCUGUUGUGAAUUGGUUAUACGCAUGGGAAACAUCAACUGUUUAG